UGCAGUUCCUGAGACCGAAUCAAACGGAACGGUAACCACGGAUCAAAUGUGACGAUGGGGAAACGCAGGAUACCAAAUUACGGAUAAUUGUGUCGGUAAUAUUCGGUCAGUAUUUUAAAAAUAGCCAAACGAAAGAGGUAUGACGAUGAAGAUGCUGUUGAUACGCCAGGAAUCGCGAGACCGUUGAUCGCUCUCAUCAGAUGCUGAUAAUGAUCGCGCGACCUGCGUGAUCUCCUCCUGCUGAUGUCAACAUCUGAAUGUCUGUGCAGGAGCUUCCUGGUUUUGCAUCACCUUAUCUGAGUCCCAGACAACCUGAAAGAAUGAUUGAGGAGGGAAGUAAAAGCAGCAAGUCCAUGGUGGAGAAGAGACAGCUCUUCAUGGAGAUGAGGGCACAAAACUUUGAUGUGAUUCGUCUUUCAACAUAUAGGACGGCUUGCAAGCUACGGUUUGUUCAAAAAAGGUGCAACCUUCACCUGGUGGACGUGUGGAACAUGAUUGAAGCCUUCCGUGACAAUGGGCUGAGCACGUUAGACCACAACGCAGAGAUAAAUGUGUCACGCCUGGAGACCAUUUUGUCCUCCAUCUUCUACCAACUCAACAAGCGGCUGCCCACUACUCACCAGAUAAAUGUGGAGCAGUCCAUCGGCCUGCUGCUAAACUUCAUCGUGGCCACUUAUGACAGUGAAGGCCACGGGAAACUAACAGUGUUUGCUAUGAAGGCCAUGCUAGCUACCAUGUGCGGUGGUAAAAUACUGGACAAAUUACGUUAUAUAUUUUCCCAGAUAUCAGACUCCAAUGGGGUGAUGGUCUUUGCCAAGUUUGACCAGUUUCUGAGGGAGGUGCUGAAGCUCCCCACAGCAGUGUUCGAGGGCCCUUCGUUUGGCUACACCGAGCACUCUGUGAGAACAUGCUUCCCUCAGCAGAAGAAGAUCUUGCUGAAUACGUUUUUGGACGUGUUGAUGGCAGAUCCGCCCCCGCAGUACCUCGUAUGGCUACCUCUCAUGCACCGACUUGCUAAUGUAGAGAAUGUCUUCCAUCCAGUUGAAUGUUCGUACUGCCGGAGUGAGAGCAUGAUGGGUUUCCGGUAUCGCUGCCAACAGUGCCAUGGCUACCAGCUUUGUCAAAGCUGUUUCUGGCGUGGUCAUGCCAGCGGUCCCCAUAGCAACCAGCACCAGAUGAAGGAACACUCCUCAUGGAAAUCUCCAGCAAAGAAGCUCAGCCAUGCCAUCAGUAAGUCUCUGGGCUGUAUGCCGAUAGGAGAGCCCCCUCACCCUGUUUUCCCAGAGGCAGCUGAAAGACCUCAGGACCUUGCACACACUACUCAGCUGAGUCCAGUAGCCAACAACAUGAAUGAUACCAUACUCAUUUCCUCUGGCACACCCACGCCUUCUAAAAGUAGCACACUUGAGAGUCCCAGCAGAUUGGAUGAAGAGCAUCGUCUUAUCGCUCGAUACGCUGCACGUCUGGCGGCGGAGGCCAGCAACUCUACUCAAUGUCCUCCAACAGAUCUGAGUUUCAACUUUGAUGCUAAUAAGCAACAGAGGCAGCUCAUCGCAGAGUUAGAGAACAAAAAUAGAGAGAUACUGCAGGAAAUCCAGCGUCUACGUCUAGAACAUGAGCAGGCUUCUCAACCCACCCCUGAGAAAGCCCAGCAGAACCCCACUCUACUGGCUGAACUACGACUGCUGCGGCACAGAAAGGAUGAGCUGGAGAGGCGCAUGUCAGCACUUCAGGAGAGCAGGAGAGAACUGAUGGUACAACUAGAAGGACUUAUGAGGCUACUUAAGGAUGAAGAGCAGAAACAGGCAGUUCAGACAGGGGGUUCACCCCACUCCUCUCCCAGCCACAGUGCCAGUUGCACCAUGCCUAUGCCAAUCCGCUCCACAUCGGCUGGUUCAACCCCGACACACACACCGCAGGACUGCCUGGCAGGGGUCGGAGAUGACGUAUUGGAUGCCUUCUCUCAGGAUGUACCAAGAAAUCUCCGUAACGAUCUUUUGGUGGCUGCAGACUCGAUCACAAACACGAUGUCGUCACUAGUGAAAGAACUUAACUCAGUGGAUGACGGGCUGGAGGGAGAGGAGGAGCACAUGCGAAAUGGAAGAGACAAGGCUGAGUCAGAGUAAAAGACUAUAGAAUAUUUCAUUGUCAUCAUUGAAGCAUCCUGGGAAAAGGCACUCCACCCCUUCAUUCUAGACAACUGGAUGAGACUGGAGAGAACCAGUGACAUCGAAACCAUUCUGGCAUUAGCACAUAGACCAAUGCAUGCUCUUCCCCAAAUGGGUUUCACUAUGUGAAACAAACUCUUCAUCACACCUUGCAAAGAGCAAGUUGUAUUAAUUAGAAAGUAUAUGUAUAUGUAUAUAUAUAUAUGUGUGUCUAUCUGUAUAAAUUCAUUGUUAUUAUGUUAUACAUGACCUAAAGAGAAUGGCUUGUUUGUGCUUUCUUUAAAAAAAUCUUUAUGAAUUAGUGAAUUUCUGUUCUCAAAAACGAUCGCACUGUGCAUCUUUUAUAUCGUCACUGGGAUCAUCAACUUGACCUAUGCUGUAGCUAUUUUUCACUGCUGUGCACAGGAAGUUUUUUGUAAGACUAAUGAUGAUUAUUUGUGUUUGAGUUUUAAUGCAUGGAAUGGCUCUUCGGUUAAGCCAGGUGCACAGUUUUCGAUUUAGUUUUUUCUUUGUCUGUACAUUAGGAUUUUCACUUGUCACAUACAUUGUCCAAAAUGACCCUGGUAAGAUCUUGUAUAAAAUGCAAGGCAGACUCUGCAGGUGCGACAUCAACUGUAGUUUACAGUAGACUGUACAAUAUACAUUUUGGGACUCACAAUUGAAUGUGUUGACUAAGUGAUCAAAUGUGUGCAUCAUCAUUUACUCACCCUCAUGCCAUCCCAGAUGUGAAUGACUUUCUUUUUUCUGCAGGACACAAACAAAGAUUUUAAGAAUAAUAUCUUGGCUCUCUUAGUCCAUUCAAUGUAAGUGAAUGGUGGCCAGAACUUUGAAGCUCCAAAAAGUACAUCAAGGCAGUAUAAAAGUAAUCCAUACAAACCCACUGGUUAAAACCAUGUCUUCAGAAGAGAUAUGAUAGGUGUGUAUUAUAUUAGGUCCUUUUAUAAUAUAAAUCUCCACUUUCAACCAGCCCCAACCAGUAGGCGGCGAUAUGCACAAAUAAUGUGAUAUGCCAAAAAAAAAAAAAAUCGAAUAAGAAUGUGGAAGUGAAAGAGGUUUAUAGUAAAAGACUUAAGUAUUGAUUUGUUUCUCACCCACACCAAUUAUAUCGCUUCAGAAGACAUUUAAACACUGGAAUCAUAUAAAUUAUGUUAUGCUGCCUUUAUGUGAUUUUUGGAGCUUUAAAGUUCUGACCAUCAUUCACUUACAAUGUAUGGACUACAGAGCUGAGAUAUUCUUCUAAAAUAUUUUGUUCUGCAGAGGAUAUUCAAACACACCUGGGAUGGGAUAAGGUUUUUUUAAAAGGACAUUUAAAAGGCUAGAAUGCUUGAUCAUGAGUGAGAUGUGGUGGCACACGGGAAAACGAAAUAUACCCUGGCCUUUAGCCAUUGCGGUCUCCUGAGUACACUCUUUGGUGACGUAAUUCAACAUGGACUCUUGCAUAGUAGUCCACCAUGGAGUCCAGAUCAGUCCAAGGCAGCCAGUCUCAUCAUGUGCGGCAUUUGAGACAGGGCCAGAGUAUACAGAUUUUUACUCUACAGAUUUUUAGCGAUUCCUGAAAUUUGUAUCAGACUGCAAAAUUGUUGAUAAAAUCGCACAGUGUGCACCAGCUUUAGGUGGAGAGGGCUUGUAUUUGCUCUGCAUGUGAACUUUAUUCUGACCGAUGUGGAUGAUGCUUACCAUGUCCUCUCAUCAUCUAACAUCAUCCUACAAACUGCUGCUUCUUCUGCACUACAUGCAUCGGAAACCACCAUAUAUCAGGGAUGUCUUGUAGAGCACGCUGUUUGUCUGAGAUUUCUGCUAUUGUGUUACGUUUAGCCUGUCAUUGUGAAUGUUGUUUUAGAGCUUUAGUAUUGCCUCUUAGUUCAAUUAUCUCAUAUGUAUCUUCAAAGUUCAUGAUCUUCACUACUCUUUUUGGAGUGCAUGAAGGGAUUUUUGGAAUUUGGAUAUACAGUAACCCCAUAAGGUGUAUACCAUAUAUCCAUAAACCAGCUUAGCCAGCCAUCUAUGACGUCUCUCUCUGUAAAAGUGACUUCAGAAGCUUUAUUGAGUUAACAGUUAUUGUGUAUACUUGUGUGAAAUAAAUGAAACCAGUGCUCAGGGACUGUUGAGAGAGGGGAAUGCAGUUGCAACACUUGUGAACAAAUGGGUGGAAUUUACUUAAAUCCCACUGGGGUCAUGUGUCAGAGAUUAGCACAGGUCAUAAAAACCUUUAUGGAUGUACUGGACAGGCUGAGGUAAACAGAACUGGGAUUGUGCAUCAGAUGUAGAAAUGCAAUGUUAUGAAGAGGACGGCCUUACUGUUGGGUUGAUCUAUGAGAUUAGAGUCUAAAGCUUUAUUGUCGUGAAGAAGACGGUUAUACUUGCUGUACUUGAAUCAGAAAGAAUUCAGGUUCAAUAAUUGUAUUGAAUUAUUGUUGUCGUGUUAUAAUUGUGCUUUGUUCUUUGUCGGUUUUGUUUCAAAUAAGAAAUAACAAUAAUCGCAAUUAUUAAAGAAAAUAUUUUGACUAUGACUGCUAACAUAUGAAUGUUAAAGUAGAUCAUUCCAUUGAGCGACUUGUUUUGAAGUUUGCGAGUUUUGGUGUAAUUAUUACGAUUUUUUAAGGGCACCAUCGAUGGAUAUAACAGGCAAUGAAUUAUUCACUGCUUAUUACGUCUCUGAAAAACACAAAAGCUUGUUAUUCUGUAUAAGGAGGUCUCUCGAAUGCUGAAAAUACAAACAGUGAGAUCUCAUUCAACGUUUUACCCUGGAUAACAAAGUGUCGCUUCUGUAAUAGUGGUCGCAAUCAUAUGUUUGCAUUUUCAAGUCUCUUUUUACAUUUAAAUGCUUGUUCUAUGCUUCAAAUGGGUAUAAAAGAUAGUUUGGAAAUGCAUUGUUUAAAGAUUAAAGAAAACAUCCAUAGAGAGUCUUGAAAUGACAGUACAAGCAUAAAUAAUUGUCACUGAAUGACAAUGUACAAACCACUUUAAUUACUCUCAGACUGAAAGUGUGAUUAUGUUUCAACAUUUGCUACAAAUAUGAAUGCAAUCUGAUAUAGGUGUGCCUGGAUGUUCUGUAUAAAGUGCUGUAUAAAUAAAAUAUCCUGCACAUGUGCAAGCCAGCCCUUAGAUCAAAGUUUUAGUAUGUGACUUAGUCGGAAUGCAGUUAUUAUUUACCUGUGAAAAAAAUAUAUUGUUCUGCUUUUAAAAGUUGUGCCAAACUGUUUGCUGACCUGUAGUGUGUCUUUUAGGUCUUUGUUCUGUGCAUUUGUCUGUGUUUAACCACUAUUUAUUGAUUCUGAAUUUGCUGAAGCAGUCCACUGAGGGUAACUAAUAACGGGGUGCCUUAAAUGGUUGAAACACAAUAUAGUUAAAGCGGAAGGAACCCUGCUUGAAAUCAAUUUCAAGCAUCAUUGCAAAUUUAUACGUUAUAGAUGGACCUCCAACGGAGGACCACCUGAAUAUUCAAAGUUAGAAAAUAACUAAAAUGCACACCACUGGAUUUUCAUUUCUUAAGCAUCGUGAUUUUAUUGUUUCAAAAACCAAAACUAUCAGAUGAAGUUGCAAACACUGUUUAAUUUAUAUUGAUUAAGGUUUGUUUCAUGGUUUUGCUGCUGUACACAAUCGUUGAUUGCAAAGGUUUACGUCCAUAUUUAAGUUUGUCACCUCUUUUGUCUAAUUUGUAAAUUAUUAAAGGGUAAAAUAU